AUGAAGGCCCAAGCUCUUCUAGCCGCGUGUCUGCUCGCCACCUUCUUCUGCUUCUUGUGUUCCCCAGCAACAGCCCAAGACAUCAAUGCCACCUCCAACGUCGUGAAGGCCACGGGCACUGGCAAGGUCACAAUCGAGGCCGGCGUGGCCCAGGUCGAGCUGGGCGUGCAGGUGGACGCCCCCAACGCCAGCCAGGCGCAGGCCCAAGCCGCCAACUCGGCUCAGGCCAUCGUCUCCACCCUCCAAGGCCUCAACGUGUCGAAGCUGCAGACGAGCAGCGUCUCGUUGAUGCAGAUCAACUUCCCCACGCCCUCGCCAAGCCCCAUCCCCUUGGACAGCUCGUCGGCCGCGAGCGGUGGUGGCCAGAGCGAGGACGACAUCGUCUUCCGCGCCUCCAACACGGUGAGCUUCGAGGUCGCGGCCGACCAGGCCGGCGCGGCCAUCGACGCCGCCGUGGGCGCCGGGGCCAACACCAUCCGCUCAGUCUCGCUCGUUCCCUCCGAGGCCGCGGUGACGGCGGCGCAGCAGCAGGCGACCCGACUGGCCGUGGCCAACGCGAUCGCCUACGGGCGGCUCAUCCUCGGCGAGCUCGGCUGCCAGGCCGUCGGCGUGGGCGCCGUCACCCUCACGCCGCUCUACGCGCCCAUGUCCUCCUCCGUCCGCACGGCGGGGGUGACGGCGGAUUCGGCGACGACGCCGGUGCUGAGCGGGGAGGUGGACAUCUCGGCCACGGUGGAGGUGAACCUUCUGCAGAGCUGCCCCGGGUCCGCCAUCGACGCCAUCAACAACGCCAACACCAACGCCACCGCCGCAACCUAA